UAGCUGUUGCAACAAUAUAAAUGAGAUGCACUGGAAUAGUCUUGCCACUGUACUCUUGAGGAAAGAGAGAGAUCAAAGACAGAGCCAGCAAAAGACAGAGUGGCCUUUCAGCUUAGCUUUGGUUACGUUUCCGGUGGAAGACAUGAACCUCCUUCUAUGUGUUGUGCUGCCAUGGCUGCUCUUUGCUGGAGAGCUUCAUGCAAGUACAAAAUCUUCCGACGAGCCCCAGUCUCAGGUGCUGCAUGAUGAGCCCCAGGCCCAGCCGCAGCUCCAGAUGCCUCGCUCUGGGGGUCCUUCCUACCACCCCAGCACUCAGGCCCAGGGGCCUUACUACCCGGCCUGGCCCAGCACUCAGGCCCCGAGGCCUUACUUCCCGGCCUGGCCCGGGACUCAGACCCAGAGGCCUUACUUCCCGGCCUGGCCCGGCACUCAGACCCAGAGGCCUUACUUCCCGGCCUGGCCCGGCACUCAGACCCAGAGGCCUUACUACCCGGCCUGGCCCGGCACUCAGACCCAGGGGCCUUACUACCCGGCCUGGCCCGGCACUCAGACCCAGGGGCCUUACUACCCGGCCUGGCCCGGCACUCAGACCCAGGGACCUUACUACCCGGCCUGGCCCGGCACUCAGACCCAGGGACCUUACUACCCGGCCUGGCCCAACACUCAGACCCAAGGACCUUACUAUGAGCCCAGGCCUUUAAUCGCAAAACCCAGUAAAAAGGGCUAGCGAUCUAACAAGAGCAGAUGGGAUGUUCUGUGAUGGACUGACCCAACACCUCCAGAAGAGCAAUGUCUUCAAUGUGGACACUUUUGAGCUGACUCGUGGAAAAAUAAAAAAGCAAUGCAUGAAAUGUGUAAAUGACA